UUCCACACUAUCCGUUCAAAUUUAAUAUUGAAAUAAAUGACCCUCAGAAAAGAGAAAAAAAGAAAGAAAAAAAAACCUGCCCCCAUGUUAUGUAUGGAGUCUUAAUUAAAAGCUGGAUCCAAAAUAAUUAAUAAUUAAAGAAAAGAAAAUUGAUAGGGGAAGUGAGAGUGUUGGGUAUAUAUUAGAAAGAUCCCGAGAGAGGUUAGAAUCUAUAAUCUAAAUCCUUUGGAAAAGAAAAAGAAAUAGGAAAGAGAGGAGACAGAACACAGAAGGGAGGCAAAAUCAUAAUAUCCUAAUCCAAAGCGUUACUAUAUAAACGAUAGUGAAGAGGGAAGAGGGAAGAAGGAGAAUGGAAACGGAGGGGGAAAGACCCCCACUUCCGCAACACGAAGGCCACACAAAGCCCCUCUCAAGGCUCAACAACUACGUCGCCAAAAGCAGAGUAGGGAAAUGGUUCAAGCUAUCCCACCGGAACUCCACCUUCACCACGGAGCUCCGCGCGGGCACCGCCACCUUCCUGACCAUGGCCUACAUACUGGCCGUGAACGCCUCCAUCCUGGCAGACUCCGGGGGGACCUGCUCCGUGUCGGACUGCCUCCCACUCUGCUCGGAGGCCUCCCUACCUCCCUCGGCCUGCAGCGGGCCCUCCCACCGCCUCCUGCCCCCGGACGAGUCAUGCAAGUUCAACCCGGUGAAUCCCGGGUACGCCUCCUGCCUCGAAAACACGCGGAAGGACCUCAUCGUGGCUACCAUAGCUUCUUCCCUCAUUGGCUGCUUCAUCAUGGGGACCUUCGCCAAUCUCCCUCUCGGCCUCGCCCCGGGCAUGGGCUCCAACGCCUACUUCGCCUACACCGUCGUCGGCUUCCACGGCUCCGGCAACGUCUCCUACCAAAGCGCCCUCGCCGCGGUCUUCAUCGAAGGGACCAUCUUCCUCCUCGUCUCCGCCAUCGGCCUCCGCGCCAAGCUCGCCAAACUCGUCCCCAAGCCCGUUAGAAUAAGCUCCUCCGCCGGAAUCGGGCUUUUCUUAGCCUUCAUCGGCCUUCAAAACAACCAAGGAAUCGGGCUCGUCGGGUUCAGCCCAUCCACUUUAGUCACCCUCGGCGCCUGUCCAACCUCCUCCCGGGCUUCCCUGGCCCCUGUCUUAACGGCUGCUAACGGGACCGUUAGUUUAUUACCCGGCGGGACGGUUUCCGGGGAUAUCCUCUGCCUUAGAGACAGAAUGGAAAGCCCCACACUCUGGCUGGGCCUGGUGGGCUUUGUCAUAAUCGCCUACUGUCUGGUGAAGAAUGUUAAAGGCGCUAUGAUAUACGGCAUCGUUUUCGUCACCGUGGUGUCGUGGUUUCGGAAUACGAAAGUGACGGCGUUUCCAAACACGGAGGCGGGUAACUCGGCGCACGAGUAUUUCAAGAAGGUGGUCGACGUUCACACCAUAAAAACCACCGCGGGGGCGUUGAGCUUUAAGAAUAUAAACAAAGGGUAUUUUUGGGAGGCCGUGGUGACUUUUUUGUACGUGGACAUUCUCGACACCACCGGAACGUUGUACUCCAUGGCCCGCUUCGCCGGCUUCACCGACGAGAAGGGGAAUUUCGAGGGGCAAUACUUCGCCUUCAUGUCGGACGCCACGUCCAUCGUGGUGGGGUCGCUGCUGGGGACCUCGCCGGUGACGGCGUUCAUUGAAUCCUCGACGGGGAUACGCGAGGGCGGGAGGACCGGGUUGACGGCGCUGACGGUGGCGGCGUAUUUCCUUCUGGCGUUGUUCUUCACGCCGCUGCUGGCGUCGAUUCCGGCGUGGGCGGUGGGGCCGCCGUUGAUUCUGGUGGGGGUUUUGAUGAUGAGAUCGGUGGUGGAGAUUGAUUGGGAGGACAUGAGGGAAGCGAUACCAGCGUUCGUGACCCUCAUUCUGAUGCCGUUGACGUAUUCGAUCGCUUAUGGGCUUAUCGGUGGGAUUGGGACUUACAUUGUGUUGAACCUUUGGGAUUGGGGGUGGGGGCUCUUGCAGCACUUUGGGGUGGUCAAAAUGAAAACCACGGAUGAUGGGGUUCUCGUACUUCAAAAUCAACCUUCUCCACAAAAUCCAACUGCUAAACCACUCCAACUACAACCUUAGCAUUAGCAAGGGUAUGUGCUUCUGUAAUAAUAAUUCUUCUCUACUUUUCUUACUCAUACAUCAAUUUCACAACCUUCUACUUCUAUUCUUUCUGUACCACUACCAACUAUACUGUCAAUACAUUCCCUCUACUCUUUUUCUAUCA